AUGAACCGCUACCCAUUACCGCUCAUCGUCUCGGCCUUUGAGCCCCUCCAGGAGUCCACCGUUUUCUCCAAGUUGGACCUGCGGAACGCCUACCACCUGGUGCAGAUACGGGAAGAGGACGAGUGGAAGACUACCUUCAACACGGUCAAUGGUCACUACAAAUACCUGGCCAUGCCAUUUGGCCUCAUCAACACAAAAAAAAGCUGUGUUCAAGAAUGCUCCUCAGACUUCGGUGGAUUCAGGUGCAGAUGUGAGGACCAGUAUAGUUGGUCAUGUGACCAGUGUUCCUCCAGUCAGUCCUGUGAUGAGAUCGUUGAUGGAAAAAUAUGUGGAUGUCUCAAUGACUAUCCUUCUGAUGGAAAGUUCUGUCAGCCAAUCACAAGUAGAAUAGUUGCAUCACCUGCAACUAUUUCUACUAUUGUUAAUAUUCUAACAAAUGUUGCAAAUGUGUCCCAAAGUACCCCAAUAAACAAACCAUUGAUGAAGAAUUUCCUGGAAACGGCAGGUGUACUUACUUCCAAUGAAGCAAAAACCUCCUGGGGUGAUCUAAACAAAAACCUCAUGAAAAACGAAAGCUCAGCCUUUCUGGGAACCAUUGAAACAAUUUCCAAUUUCCUUACCGAUGACUUUUUUGACAUAGAAAUGCAAGGCAUUAAUUUAAACAAAACCACAGUCAACAACUCAGUCAACAACUUAUUCAAUUUAAACUCGUCUGUUCUGAUAGACAUACCAGCAUCUGAAGCUUCCUUCAAUUCAAUCACCAUAAUAACAUUUGACUCCUUGUAUAAUGUUUUACCUGCCAGAAACAGAGGCAGUCGGAACAACAUUGUCAACACCAUCAACGGAAAAGUGGUUCUGGUGAAGGUGAAUGGCACAAUCAAGAAUGUGACUUUCCGUUUUGACGUACUGAACAAGACACUGGCCAAUCCUCAGUGUGUUUUCUGGAACUUCAACCUUUUUAAAGGCCUUGGAGGAUGGGAUGAUAAAGGAUGUAAACUGCAGUCUGAUAAGAAUGGCACUGUCACCUGUCACUGUAAUCAUCUCACCUCCUUCUCCAUUUUGAUGUCGCCUUUCAUUCCACGUGUGUUAAGAGACGCUUUGGAUUUUAUCACUUACAUUGGAGUUGGCAUAUCAGCAGGUUGCUUGGUCGUGUGUCUCAUCAUUGAGAUGUUGGUAUGGAAGGCUGUGACUGGAAACAACACAUCUUACAUGCGUCAUGUCUCUAUAGUGAACAUCGCCUUUUCUCUUCUGAUUGCUGACAUUUGGUUCAUUAUUGGUGCAGCAAUUUCCGACAUUGGAAAAGAAGAUCUACCUGCGUGUUCCACAGCAACAUUUUUCAUCCACUUUUUCUACCUGGCUCUGUUUUUCUGGAUGUUGGUCUCAGGCCUUUUGCUGCUCUACCGGACUGUCAUGGUUUUCUCUCACAUGUCUAAACCAGCAAUGUUGGCCAUCAGUUUUUCUUUGGGCUAUGGAGCUCCCCUCAUCAUUGCUGUCAUAACUAUCGCAGUGACAGCCCCAGGGAAACAAUACAUUAGAGAGAAUGACAGGGUUUGCUGGCUCAACUGGACAGAGUCAAUGGCCCUUCUGGCUUUUGUGAUCCCUGCCCUGACCAUAGUGGUCAUCAACCUUUUGAUCCUGAUUGUGGUUCUGUUCAAAAUGCUGAGGAGAGGUGUGGGGGAUGUUACCCAGCCAGAUGAGAGAAAUGCUGUGGUGGUCAUCGCCAGGUGUCUGGCCAUUCUGACUCCCUUCUUUGGUACUACCUGGGGACUAGGAGUAGGAACCAUGACUACACCAAACAAUCUAGAAAUCCAUAUUGUGUUUGCGAUCUUCAAUUCCUUACAGGGUUUGUUCAUCUUGGUAUUUGGAACACUUUUGGACAAAAAGGUAUGUUCCUGA